AGCAGACUGAGCAGCCUCUGCAAUUUAGCUCCGCAGAAGCGGGGAACCUGCAGAGACAAGGCAGGGCGGGCGUAGUGCGGAGGCAGCUCCCCUCCUCCCCCCGGUGCCAGGACAAGGUAAAGGGAGGGAGGGGGAAGGACGCCUUGGGCUGCGAUCGGGGAUUCCCUCACCCGCCUUCUCGCUGUAUGACUCUGUCAGCCCAAAACAGCCCGGACACACACGCAGCGCCCCGAGCCUGGCUGGAGCGGAUUCCACAACAAAGAGCCUGGGCCAAGAGCUGCCCGGCUGCCGCAGCUGAGAGGGAAACGGGGAGGCCGAGGGGGCUACUCGGGAGUCGAACAGAUCUCACCGUUCGCAGGGGAAACCUGCAGCCGCCAGACUCGACAGCGACGUUCACGCACCAGCUGGAGGAGGAGGGAAAUCUGGUACCUCAGCAGGUCCAAGGCUAGAGAGGGAAGGGAGGGGGCGCGGGGAAGAGGCAGCGAAGGGUAAAUCCCGCGGGCAGAGCUCGUGGCGUGGCUCGAUAUUAGCUGCAGGUUAGUCGGGAAGCAGCCGGCCAUCUGCAGGAGAACCACCUCUCCGGGGUGUGUGGAGGGGGUGGCCCCCCUUUCGAGGGGGGUUAUGGCCACAGCAGUGGAGCUCUGGUGACUCCAGGAGCAGCGCUAGUGCUGCAAUGCUGCCAGCAGGAGCCUCGGUGAAAGGAGGCGUCUGAGCAGAAGCAGCAUUGCCUGGCCCAUCGUCUUUCUGUCUCUCCCGCCCUCCCAGCUCCCGGCUCAGACGUUUCUGUCUCCUUGCUCACGCCGAGGAGCGCCCUGCUCUCUGCAGAGGGGCCACGCCGGGUCUUGCCAGGCAGCGGCUACAACCGGACCCGCCAAACACAACAUGGCCACUCUGCUCCGGAAAAUCGGGCUCAUCCGGCUGCACAACAGGGACACGGAGGAUCCCAAGCACCAUCACCACCACCGCAGCAGCAGCAGCCAGCAGGGCUCCUCGCUCCGAGCCAAGGGCAGCCAGAAGAACAGCAGCAACAAGCAGCAGGGCAGCGCCGGCUGCAGCAGCAGCAGCAGCCCCAGCAAGGAGGGCAGCCCAGCGGGCAACAAGGCCAAGAAAGUGCUGGAGCUCUCCAAGCAGCCGCCGCAGCAGCCUGGCUCGGGGGGCCCCAAGGAGAAGCCCCCGCCCCACAGCGCCGGGGAGCCCGGCGCGGGUAAGGAGCCCAAGUCGCAGCUGCUGCCGGGGGGGAGCAGCAGCGGCCGGGCCGGCUCUGCCCAAAUGGUGCCACCCCCGUCGGGCUCUGCCCCGCUGGCGCCCCUGGGCAGGCAGCAGCACUGCACGCAGGUGCGGAGCCGGCGGCUGAUGAAGGAGCUGCAGGACAUCGCCCGGCUGAGCGACCGCUUCAUCUCGGUGGAGCUGGUGGACGAGAGCCUGUUCGACUGGAACGUGAAGCUGCACCAGGUGGACAAGGACUCGGUGCUGUGGCAGGACAUGAAGGAGACCAACACCGAGUUCAUCCUGCUCAACCUCACCUUCCCCGACAACUUCCCCUUCUCGCCGCCCUUCAUGAGGGUGCUCAGCCCUCGCCUGGAGAAUGGCUACGUGCUGGAUGGCGGGGCUAUCUGCAUGGAGCUGCUCACCCCUCGCGGCUGGUCCAGCGCCUACACCGUGGAGGCGGUCAUGAGGCAGUUCGCAGCCAGCCUGGUGAAGGGUCAGGGCCGUAUCUGCAGAAAAGCUGGCAAAUCAAAAAAGUCCUUCAGUCGUAAGGAAGCUGAAGCAACGUUUAAGAGUUUAGUGAAGACCCAUGAAAAAUAUGGGUGGGUCACUCCUCCUGUCUCUGAUGGCUGAUAUUUGCAACCUGCACAUCAAUGCUAAACAAAACAACAAAACCAAGUACUAUGCCAUCUCCUCAGUGCUGUACACCACCCAUCCUUUUCUACUUCAGCUUCUGUUAGAUACCAUGAAUGUCAAGGAGACAUUUAAAUAAUUUGAUCUGUUUACAUAGGGAGAGAAAACAAAUGCUGUUUAGGAUUAUGUUUUAAGACUGGCGAAUGGUCAUCUUUAAGUCACUUUAGAGCGGAUGUUAUGAUUGUGUCAUUUGCCCCAUGCAGGUCAUAUUAUCUUCAUCUUCUUUCCAUGACAGCAGCACCAGACAUUAGUACUGGAAAUUGCAUCCAUUACUGCUCAGUUCAUUUAAAUGUAAAUGAAGCAGUUAAUAUUUAAUAGGGAAGCAGUGCAUUGCAGGUACAUGUUUGCUGUGCUGUUUGUCUUUGUUUCCUAGCAGGUCAAUAUAACUUGAAGAUGUGUCUUUAUGUGGAGCUGUGGUCUGCUGUGACUACAUUUAGACCUCAUGUGUGCUCUAUAUAUGACCUUUAAUUCAUAAAAGCAGAAUUAUAACAAUGAAAGAUUCUGGUGUUGAAAAACUGUUAAAUGAAAUCACCCAAUUGGUCAAAUUGUACUAUCUAUGCUGGUAUUGUGGUAUGCUGUUGUUCAGAGAUAAACCAGUGUGAUUAGAUCAGGUGAUAUGGUGAUAUUUCAGAUACCAGAUGCACCCACUAUAGGGCUCAAAGUGGUUGAUUGUAGAAUAGUUUUUAUCUUGCCGUACAAUGCAGUACUCCAACAACAGCAUGGUUGCCUGUUAGCUUUUCAACGGCAAUACGAAAACCAAAAAGCAUAAAUGAACCUUUAAAACUUAUGAGUCAUUUUAAAAUGAUGUACCAGUAACAAAGUAAAAGUCAGAUUUUUCAAAGAAAGUGGAACAAUUGGUUUGUAAGAUGAUUUGCAUGGUUGAAUUUUUUAUUUUUACUCAAUAGGCAUUGUAUGUACUUUGAGCCCAGUAUCUGAGAAAACCCACUGAUGUAUAUAAAUGUCCUGUUAUUUAAUCAUUAAGAUUUAAUUUUUCUCUUUUGUUCAAUAAUUUAAAACUUUCUAAGACUCCAUGAAAUUUGGAGAUAAUGUUUAUAAUAAUAUAAUGAAAAAGCUUAAAAAUGUGGAAUCCAAAUGGAAAAUCGUACUGGACACAUUCUGAAUAAAAUCACCAGUCCCGUUUCAUUGCCUCAAGAAUUCAAUCAUUUUAGGCUACUUUUGUUUUCAAAUU